UUGAGUUGUCGUGGCCUUUUUGGUCUAUCGUCAGCAAAGAAACAGCUCUUUCUCGUCAGUCACUUCAUUCCCAGUGACCAUUGUUCUGCUCAGGUGUUAUCCUCGAACGCUUCGAAGAACAUCAGAACAACAUGCCUGGACCCGCAGCAAGCGCAUCUAGUGUCGGAGCCUCCGGCCGUUCCCCCAGUAAAACGGUGGCCCCGAGAGCAGCAGGAUCCACAGUCAGACAGAGGAAAGCGACAGGCAGCAGUACACGGUCUGCAGGCAGAGCUACAGCAUCAGCAGGUACAGGAGGCAUGUGGCGCUUCUACACCGAGGACUCACCAGGACUGAAAGUUGGGCCUGUGCCAGUGCUUGUAAUGAGUUUGCUGUUCAUCGCCUCGGUCUUCAUGCUGCACAUAUGGGGAAAGUACACUCGCUCUUAAACCUCCUGACCUAUGAACUCUGACCUCCAAGUGAUAUCAGUGAUUUAUGAAUUGAGCCAUUGGAUCUGGACCAAACUCUGACCCUAAACAGCAAAUCUGGUUCAUGUGUUUUUCACUUCAGAAAAGUAAACAAGGUUCCCUUACUUCCCUCCUGCAAGUUUUCAUUUAUUAUUCUUUUUUUUCUUUUUUUAAAGCCAGAAGAUGCCCCCUUUUUUUUUUUUGCUAACCUUUGUACAAACAAUUCUGUAAAAUUGUACAAUAAUAAAAACAACACGAAACA